CUCCUCCACCGCUUGUGUGUGGGCGUUUCUCUCCGCUUAUUGACAUGUAGUAAUAUGGUUGUGCACACUGAUCUUGCAGCUAAAGAUAGUGACGAUGUCUGCGGAGGCGGUGUAUGACUGCAUAGUGAUCGGGGCCGGGGUGCAGGGCUCGUUCACGGCCUACCAGCUGGCCAAGAAGGGCAAGAAGACCCUGCUGCUGGAGCAGUUCGUGCUGCCCCACACCCGGGGCAGCUCCCAUGGCCAGACCCGCAUCAUUCGCAAAGCCUAUGACGAGGACUUCUACGCCCACAUGCUGGACGAGUGCUACGAGCUGUGGGCUCAGCUGGAGAAGGAGGCGGGCGUCAGACUGUAUAGACAAACAGGUCUCCUGGUGAUAGGACCAGAGAACAGUCGAUAUUAUGAACUGGUGAAGACCACCCUGAAGAAGAACAAGGUUCCCAUGGUGGUCCUGACCAGGGACAACUUCAGCCAGCACAUCCCCCACGUCAUCCUGGAUGAGGGUCACGGAGCGGUGGUGGAAGUGCCUGCUGGAAUUCUGUAUGCUGACCGUGCACUCAAGACUGCACAGGGGCAGUUUCAGAAGUUGGGUGGGGUCAUAAGAGAUAAGGAGAUGGUGACGGACAUCAAGCCUGGUCCCGUGGUAACCGUUGUUACCUCCUCUGGUGCUUAUCAAGCUAAGAGUGUGGUGAUCACUGCUGGACCCUGGGCUAACAGACUGCUGGCCCACACUGGCUUGGAGCUGCCACUAGAGGUUGCAAAGAUCAACGUGUGCUACUGGAAGGAAAAGGUUCCCGGGUCGUACGACAUAGAGAAGCGUUUCCCCUGCUUCAUACAGACGGAGUGUAAGGAGUCUAAGGAGCACAUCUACGGCCUCCCGUCCAACGAGUACCCCGGCUUGAUGAAGAUCUGCUACCAUGCAGGCAGCGUGGUAGACCCGGACCACAGAGACCAGCAGACAGACCGGUCUGACAUCGACAUCCUGCAGCGCUACGUCGCCCGCUGUCUACCCGGCCUGGAGCCCAAACCUGCUGUGGUGGAGAGCUGCCUGUACACACUAACACCUGACCGUCACUUUGUGCUCGACUGCCAUCCUACCUACAGCAACAUUGUGAUUGGAGCCGGAUUCUCAGGUCACGGCUUCAAGUUUGGACCAAUCAUUGGCAAGCUCCUGAGUGAACUCAGCCUGGGUGAGGUGCCCUCUUAUGACCUCUCCCCUUUCAGAAUCAGGCGCUUCCAUGGAAACACCAAGUCGGCCUUAUAGAUCCAGGACCGGAUUCAGUGACAUCAUCAGAUCCUCAUGAAGUCUUAAUUAAAUCUAACUGUAGCUUGAUUUGUCAUUCAGGGCUUGACAUUAACUUUUUGUGGCUAGUGGUUUUCUAAAGUUAAGAGCCUCAAUUUUGGUGUUGAGAAACGUGUGUGUUUGUGCACAUUUGAUGCACACCAGCUAUCAUUAAACAUUAAUACAUCCAAUAUGACCCUGAGCUCCUUGUUGCAUACGAAGAAACAUACAAUGUAAUUAAUCAACGUUCUUUGGGGUCUUACUUUUUCCCCUCACUUCUGUUUUGGGACAAUCAGAAGAGACUGGGUUAAUCUGAAUGCUCUGACAUUUCUCCUCUCGCUGUCAUGGAGUGCGUAGAGAGAGAGACUGAAUCGAGGAGAGCUGAGGGAGAGGAAAUAGGAAGAUAAUCGGGGGGGGAAAUAGUGGUUGGGUCUACAGCAGGAGAAAGAGUUAAAAAUAGAGAGGCUCCUGCCCAGAUUGGCAGUGUUGGCAGGUCUGCAGAUGUCAUUUGAGACAACUGCAAUUUAAACAUACAUAUGUAUACAAUUCAACCAGCCAAAAUUUCUAGUCGCAGUGACUGUUACAACUCACUGUUGAAAUAAACCUGCAUAGGCAGGUAAUCAAGGAUUAAUGUCAAGCCCUGUUGUCUUUUUAAUUUAGCACUUCGUUGUUUUAUCUGAUGCUUUAUUUGACGUUUUCAGCAUUAUCUACACUCAGUUUUGAGUCUUUAUUGGAGACACAAUACAGUGAAAAAAGUCAGAAAAUCGUGGAGAGAGACAGUGGGAUGACAAUGGGGUGCACAAACUAACCACUCGUCCACUGGUGCCCAAGUUAUUUGAUAUUUUUAAGGCAAAUAUAUCGGAUAUCUAUCCAGAGUUGUGUUUUCACAAUACCAGAAUUUUUAACUUCAGUAUGAAACGAGUGAAUAUUCACUGUGAUCAAUACCUGUUUUGAAACCAGGGUAACAAAAAUAGUAGUAGGCACCCAGUUAAUAUUGGUAAUGUCUUGGUUUUAUCUUUCUAAAAAAAAGUAGUCAAGCACUACACACUGUCCAAAUUGAACAAACACAGGUGCAACCUUUCAGUACUGAAAGGUUACCCACCUAUUUGUGCAUUUUAGACGGUCCACUCUUUUUUUUGCUUGUGGCAGCUCUGGUCAAAACUUCUCAAGAUCUGACGUUUUCUAUUAAAGUUCUGUUACUUUUCAAUACAAUCACUCAUCGAAAUGACAGAUUUUAUCUUUUUAAAACAUGUCGUAUUGGAAAGUAUUGAAAAGUUUGACAUUAUUCCAGCCUUCAGAUCAUUCAUUUAGUACAAUAAUUCAUAACUCUGUCAAAUAUAGCAAACAAUGAUGAACUUGUGAUUGGUAUGCAUGUAGAUUUAAACUGUUUCCUAAUUUGUGCCAAAAUAAAGUAAUAUAGUGUUGCAUUAUGUAUCUUAAAUAAAGAUAUUUCACAUUAUUA